CAGACCUUGCAACAAUGAUUCCUUCAACAUGCCACUUAGAGACUGUGAUUUCCUCAAUUGUAAAAACCCUGCCGAGCGUGGAAGUGGCGACUGUAUGAUAUGCUCCCAUCAUCGUUGCUUGGAACACCUGGCGCCCGAAUUCCAUACAUGUCCAUCUGAGGACAAUGAUCCUGAUGCUUUCUUUACGGCAUACGAUUCUGCAAGACAGAGCCAUCUGCAAGCGUUACUCAAUAAAGUCGACUUCAAUGCUCUUAGAUCCAUUGCGACUCGUCUCCACGACGAUGUUCCGUGCUACAUGCCCGCUUUCCGGAAUGACAUUGGACAGGCAGUACCUGAUGCCGAGUCCAAGCAGAUCUUGGAUCAAACGGGCGGUCAGAAUUGCAACCUCGAUAUCCGCUUCGAUGACGGCAUUGUCUGGAUAGCACGACUACGAUUUGAAGAACCUACAGUACUGCCUCACGAUGCACAAGCGACUAUUUCCAUGAGUGAAGUGGAAACUCUGAGAUUCCUCGCUCGAACCAGUAUACGAGUCCCAGAAGUUUUCCACCAUUCAUUCGACGAGAGUGAGACUGGAACUCCAUACAUGCUUAUGGAGAAGCUUCCUGGUAAGCCACUGCAAUGGCCUAAUGCUUCGGCCGAACAAAAAACGAAAGUCAUGAAACAGCUUGUAGAUGUGUGUCUCGAACUUGAGAAGCACCCGUUCCCAGCAACAGGAUCACUUUCUCAAGGUGGAUUGGUUGGACCAUUCGCCCAGGGCCACAUGUUCGUGUCUCCUUCAAAAUCACUCGGACCGUUUUCUACCUUGAAGGAAUCGCUCACCUCGAUCUUGAAGCACGAGAGAGACAUGAUCAAAGGUGGAGAGCUAGCCACGCUUGCUACCGACAACUACUUGACCCAUCUCUGGAGGCUCGAGCAUUUACCCGGUCUUGUGGCAAGUGCGACAGAUGAUCACUUCUACAUGAAACAUGCCGACGACAAGGGCGACCACAUUCUCAUCGACGAAGACUACAACAUCACCGGGAUAAUUGACUGGGAAUUCGCAUCAACUGAAACGAAGAAAUAUGCAUUUAGCUCUCCAUGCAUGAUGUGGCCUGUUCAAAAGUAUUACAAUGGCAGCAAUGACUUGUCACGAGAGGAAUGUGAGUUUGCGCAGAUGUUUCAACGCCGUGGACGAGAAGAUAUGGCGCAGAUGAUUUUGCAAGGUCGCCCAUGGCAAAGAUUCCUUUUUUUCCUUGGAACUGCAGAUACACCCCCUUACGACGUCUUCAGUAACUUGUUCCAGGGCUUGAGAAGAAGCUUCGAGGGAGAAAACAUCGGAUCAUACCCAGAGUGGAGACGUCUUGUCAGUGAUGCUAAUAAGGCCUCAGUCAUCAAUUUUCAGGAUAACUCACGCUGAUAGCUGUAAGUUUAAAUUUAUAACUUAUGUCUGCUUCGCAGCACUAGAUAGAGCAUUAACCUAGAGCUUCUCCUAUACGAUUUCGGCGGCUCGGAGAUCGCUAACCUGUUUAUACUCCCUAUAACGGCAUUUUCGUAUUAUAUUAUCCUUAGCAG